AUGUAUAAAUAUAUACUUAUCUCUUUAAUAGAUGUUCUUGAUGAAUUAACAACUACAACCCGUUUUAAUGAUCUCUCUCUAUCUCCAACACAGAUAGAAUUACUUACAGAUUGUCCUACCACUUAUAACGAUGACAAUGACAAUUACUACUAUCAUUCUCUUCCAAAAAACAAUGAUGACGAUGGCGAUGACGAUGACGACGACGAUACUUCCAUCAUACUUCCCUCUGCUACAGCAGAUGCUAUGGAAACUUACGUUAACAUUAAUGAAAAUAUAUACUGUGGAACAGCUACCGGUAAAUCUAUUGCUGAAGAAAGCAUGCCAUGUGAAUGCAAAUAUAGACCUGAUCUCGAUGAUCCUAUUGCUGCUUGUGGUGACGAUAACCACUGCAUCAAUCGCAUGAUGUUUAUGGAAUGUCUCGUUGACGACUGUCCAUGCGAUCGUUAUUGUAGAAAUCGUCGUUUUCAGUUAAGACAGUAUGCUCGUGUAGAUGUAAUUCGAACAGAAAAAAAAGGAUUUGGUCUAAGAGCAUUAACUGAUUUACCAGCAAAUGCAUUUAUCAUGGAAUAUAUUGGUGAGGUUAUCACAAAUUCGGAAUUUGUUAAAAGGACAAAGGAAUAUGAAGCAGCUGGAUUAAAGCAUUAUUAUUUUAUGACCUUAAAGACAGAUGAGAUUAUUGAUGCAACAAAAAAAGGUUGUUUGGCUAGAUUUAUUAAUCACUCAUGUAAUCCAAACUGCGUAACUCAGAAAUGGGUAGUCGGAAAGCGCAUGCGUAUAGGUAUCUUUACACGACGAGCCAUUAAGGCAGGAUUAGAAUUAACUUUUGAUUAUAAGUUUGAAAGAUACGGAGCUGUUGCACAGAAAUGCUAUUGUGGUGAACCGAAUUGUAAAGGAUUUAUUGGAGGAUCGUUAAAGACAAACGACGAUAUACCUACAAAUGAGCCUAAUCUUAUCGUCAAUGAUAAUGAAUCUAGUAGUGGCACAGAUGAAUCGAGUGAUGAAUCUAGUAUUCAGUCUGAUUAUGAUAACGAGGAUGAAAAACAACGUAAACAUUCUGAAGAUAUGACUGUCACUUUAACACAGAAACGAUUAUUACGAAAGAUGCGACGUACUACUGGUUUACAACAGCCUGAUGAAGUUCAGUCGUUCGUUAAACGCAUGUUGGACUCAGUAGGUAAACCUCACCUAGUCCUCAAGCUUCUUUAUCGUUUACAAAUUACUGACAGCAAAGAAAUCCUCAAGACCUUUUUGCGUCUUCAUGGUCUGAAGAUGCUCAAAUUCUGGCUUGGCGAGUGGAAACAAAACCAAGAGAUUCUUGUUAAAGUCCUGAAAGUUUUACAAACUCUACCGUUAGCUAAUAAGAAUGGUUUAGAGGAUGCUAAUAUGUUUAAUGUUGUGGGAAAGUUGACAACACAUGAUGAUAAGCAGGUGAGAGAACUGUCUGUCUCAUUGUUGGCCAUUUGGAGUCAACUUAAGAGUGUUUAUAGGAUUCCUAAAAAACGUACGAAUACUAGUACUGAGGAAGUAAUGGAGGAAAAACAACGUUACAAUUCUAGUCGUGAGUUCUUUGAUCCAGACGAUGAUUAUUUUGAGUAUUUAUCGUUAGAUGUGGAUGCUGCGGAAAUUUUAUGGAAAUGUGAAUACCCACCAAGACCAACGAUACCAACUGCUCCUCGAGCUAUGAUUGAUGCUUGUAUUAAAAACGGGUAUUUUGCGUUUGGUCGUAAUGGAUUUUUCCCUAUGAUAGAAGAGGAAGAGCUGCAGCAGUAUCAACAGCAAGCAAUCUCACCUGUUGUUAAACAUAUCAGACCCAUCACAAGUAAAUUAAAGCCUCAAUCAAAACCACAACCAUCACAGUCACCACAGUUACCUCAACCACCACAGCCGUUACCACCUAAUUGGAGAUUUGCACAUGCAGAAGAUGGAACCAUCUAUUAUUAUAAUCGUUUGACCAAUAAGACACAAUGGGAGUUUCCAGCAAUCGAAACACCAACGUCAUCUGCUACUAUUGAAGGUGUUACUAACCCAUCCGAUCUUGAAGAACUGGUUGAAAAAACUAUUGCUGAAUCUAAAAAAAAACGAAAGUUGAUAAUACGUAGUGAGACCAAUAGCCCAUCACCAUCCAAACGCUCGCUUGACGAAAUCGAACUCAAAAAGGAAGUAGGAAAGAUUGUAACCAAAUACCUAACAAAACAAAAGCAUCUAUGGAAUAACGAUAAAUUUUUAUUUAAAGAACUAGCAAGAAAGAUUACACAUCAUAUUGUAAAUAGAGAAAGUCAGUCAUCAAGAAAGCUACAAUCAAUUAAUAGUGUGCGGUCUAAAAUUGAGAAAUUUAUUGAUACUCAUGGUUCUGAAUUGGUAGUAAAGGUACAAAAAAAGAUGGAGACUACAAAACCAACAACCGGCAAAAGUAGUAGUCCACCACCAUCAUCAGAGGAGUUAUCACCUGAUAAACCACCAAUCACUAAUACUACACCUAUUUCAGUCAAUUCAUCACCUCUCUCGCCUUAUUAUGAACAAAGAUCACGAGCUUAUUAUAAUCGCUAUAACAGUCGUCCACCUUCACCUUAUUACCAUCGAAGAUAUUAUCGACGAUCAUCACCAUAUCGUUAUUAUAGGAGAAGAAGGUCAUUAUCAGAUGAUGGGAUGUAUAGAACAAUUUAA